AUGAGUCGCCAUACCCCAAAGCGGACUCGUAUCCCCGUCAUUGUCCACGACGGCAACUCCAGCAUCGCAGCCUCGGAAAGCAUGACGGUCCCCAGCCUGUCGACCGGCUCUCCGUCGUCCGUGUCUGGCAGAUCAAACGAGUCGCUGAAUAAUGUCGUCGUCAAUCUCCUCGACACCGAUAGCACCGGCAACCUCGUCGCCCCCGCCGAGCAACCCCCAGUGGUAUUCCGCUGUCUCUUCCACAUGCUGCCUUGCGACUAUCAGUCCGACAGUCUCGAACAAUGGCAGACACAUGUGCUCAGUCACUUCCGCGGCUGCCGACUCCCGCCGGUAGCAAGCUGCUCGUGGUGUGCCGUCGACUUUGGCGGGGAAACCGCCGCUCGAACGUGGACGGAGAUGCUCGAGCAUGUCGCGCACGAACACUUUGAGAAGGGGCAUACUCUUGCGGCGAGUCGGCCCAAUUUCGAGCUAAUGAAGUACAUGUACCAGUCGAAAAUCAUCACCGAAGACCAGCUGAAAGCCGUUCAACUCUGCCCUUCCCCGGACAGUCCGGCAUAUCACCCGUCACAGGAUGCCGUCAGAGCCAGCAUUGGCUCGUCCGACGAGCCAUACUGUUCCACGUAUAGUCCGCGACGAGAAAAGCGGUUACGAGAACAGCGUCACGGUAUCAGUGUAGUAUAG